UAUUCCACUUUUUUAGCAUGUAAACGAAAAGAGGAACAACAGCUAAAUGGUGGAACACAGCCAUCAGCGCCAAAAAAGCCACGUUUAGUAUUCACCGAUAUACAGCGACGCACGUUGCAAGCAUUUGAAUACAGUUAUGCAUCUAUAUUGCGAGGUUUGAAGGUUGGGAUUCUAGAACUAAUAGGGCGGUAUCUACUACACGAGCGUUGUGUGCCGAUCAAAAUGCUGUUGCAGGCAAUUUUCAAAGAAACAAAGCGCCCUUCCCGAGAGAUGCAACUAACAAUCUCUCAGCAGUUACAACUCGAUCCGACUACUGUUGCUAACUUUUUUAUGAAUGCACGACGUCGAGGUCAUGAUCGUACCAGGCAAGAAGACGAACAUUCAACAAUGAUUACUUCGAAUGCGUCGAGUAGUCAAGUAUUAAGUCCAUUGCCUCCGCCACCCGUUUUCGAACAACUGUGA